CUCAAUUUGGAUGGCGAAGGCCUCAUUCAUCAUCGGACAAAAUGCAAGAAUGGAGGCUAUUGGUGAGAGAUAUUUUAAUGAGCUAUUAUCGAGAUCUUUCUUUCAAGAUGUUGAGUCGCUGAUACCAGGAGUAUUUUAUGCCUUCAAAAUGCAUGAUCUUGUACAUGAUCUUGCAAUAUUUUUUGCACAACCUGAGUGUUUAACACUAAAUUUUCACACAAGAGAUAUUCCUAAAAGGGUUCAACACGCCAUAUUUUCUGAUACCGAGUGGCCCAAAGAAGAGUCUGAAGCUUUAAGAUUCUUGGAGAAGCUGAAUAAUGUUCAUACCAUUUAUUUUCAAAUGGAAAAUGUGGCCCUUAGAAGCGAAUCAUUUGUUAAGGCAUGCAUCUUGAGAUUCAAAUGUAUAUGGAUGUUGAAUUUACAAGACUCCAACUUUGAAGCAUUGCCUAAUUCUAUUGGUAGUCUGAAGCAUCUAAGAUACUUGAACCUAAGUGGGAAUAAGAGAAUCAAGAAACUCCCUAAUUCCAUUUGCAAUCUAUACCAUUUGCAAACUUUGUUACUCUUACAUUGUUCAGAACUUGAAGAAUUACCAAGAGGCAUAGGGAGUAUGAUCAGUUUGAGGACGGUAUCCAUAACAAUGAAACAAAGGGAUUUAUUUGGAAAGGAAAAAGGGUUGAGAAGCUUGAAUUCUCUUCAACAAUUACAGAUUGUUGAUUGUCUCAAUUUGGAAUUUUUAUCUAAAGGAAUGGAAAGCCUUAUUGAACUUCGAAUAUUAAUCAUUAACGAUUGUCCAAGUUUGGUUUCUUUGUCACAUGGUAUAAAACUCCUGACUGCAUUAGAGGUUUUGGUAAUUGGCAAUUGUCAAAAACUUGAAUCCAUGGAUGGGGAAGCAGAAGGACAAGAAGACAUUCAAAGCUUUGGGAGCCUACAAAUUUUGUUCUUUGAGAAUUUACCACAAUUGGAGGCUUUACCGAGGUGGCUUCUUCAUGGGCCAACAUCUAACACUUUACAUCAAUUACAUAUUUUAGAUUGCCCAAGCUUGAGAGCACUGCCAGAAAGUGGGCUACAAAAGCUCGUAUACCUUCAAAAACUUAAGAUUGAAGAUUGUCCUGAAUUGAUUGGAAGAUGCAAACCUGAAACGGGGGAAGAUUGGCAAAAAAUCGCUCAUAUACCUAAAAUAUAUCUUGAUGGAGAAAAGAUUGCAUCGUUAACCAAUAAUUAGGCGGACUGGGUGAGAAAUGGAGAGUUGACCCGGAAAUGGAGGACUAAUCAAAUAUGGUUCUUCUGCUAUGAUUGGAUGAUGCGGUUGGAAUUUGGAAGUUGGAAGAGAGUUGAUGGAGCUGGAAAUGGAGGACUGAUCAAAGCUAGUGUUUGGGUCCUUGCUUGCUUACCCGUCUUUUUCUUGAUUUGUUGCCUCAGUGCUGAAUUCUGGAGUGGUGUGCUUGUUUAUUAUUUGUCUUAUUUUCACAUAGACUCGUGUGUAAGGUUGUUUUGGUUGUUUGGAGUUUGGAGUGUGAACUUUGAUUUCCUUUACAAUAAAAGGUUGAUGGAUUCAUUUAUCAAUCAAAUA